CAUAAGACAAACGAAUUAUCAAAGGGAUAUAUACAGAUUUAUACGGUCCUUACUGCUAUUCUACUACGACUUUAUCAUCCUCGGGUUUCUACACAUACAUACACGCUUGGAGCUCUUCGGUUUUCCUUUUCUGGCGAGUUGCACACUAGAUCAGAAUACACCCAGUGACACCUUUGUACCUCGCGCCACGAAGGACACAAAAUCGACCAGUCAACACUAUUGAACUCGCAUCGUUUUACACAUCUAUAAGACCAAGGCAUUAUUCCGAUCACAGCUAUGUCGCCGCCAUCUAACAUGGGUCCCGUGGAGACCCUCGACAUGUUCGACAACAAGGGUCCAUUCGAUGCCCAGCUACAAACAGACCUCGCAUUCAACGAGAAGAUCGCUGCCGGAAUCGUGGCGCCACAGACCGAGGAGAUCGCUCUCGACCUGAAGAGCGCCCCCACCGACGACGCACCACCAAGAACUAUUUGUGUUUUCUGCGGAGCUUCUUCGGGCAAUUCACCAGUAUUCAUGGAAGCGGCUCGUGACCUCGCGCGGGAAUUCCACAAGCAGAACAUCAAGCUGGUGUACGGUGGCGGAACCGUAGGAUUGAUGGGCGAAAUCGCUCGUACUCUCGUCAGUCUGUCCGGACCAAACUCUGUGCACGGCAUUAUUCCAGAGCCGCUCGUCGUCUUCGAGCAGGGUCCAGAUAGCAAGGCCCCUUCGAAGAACGGAGGGAAGCACGGCGUUCCUGACGAAGCUACCUACGGAACAACAACCAUCGUCGAGGACAUGCACACAAGAAAGCAGAUGAUGGCACAGGCCGUCAUGAAGGGAGGCCCGGGCUCGGGCUUCAUUGCCCUCCCCGGAGGAUAUGGUACGCUGGAGGAGCUGAUGGAGGUCGUCACGUGGAACCAGCUUGGCAUCCACGGCCGCGGCACAAUAGUCCUGAACAUCGAAGGAUAUUGGGAUGGUCUCCUCAGCUGGGUUGACAAUUCGAUCGGCGCUGGUUUCGUCCGCGAAUCAAACCGCAGCAUCAUCGUCCCAGCCAAGACAGCCCAAGAAGCUGUUGAGUUCCUUUCGGACUACAAGCCGGCCGAUGGGCGCUUCAAGCUUGCCUGGAAGACGCUAUAAGCUGCGACAUCAUCCAGCGAUUUCAGCACUUUUAUCAUGAUUUGACGUCGCUAUGCAUAUCACGGAGUUUGGGGAUCACUAUGUAGCUGGGGUUUUUGCAUAUAGCGGGUUUUUGGGGGUCUUAGGAGUCGGACUUACGAUUUUUACUAGACCAGCAGUGUGCCCAUUUGCCACGCAUUAGAUGCACCCACUGGCGUAUAUGCUUGCUUUUGGAUGGAAAGAAAGAGAAAUAAAUAUCGUAGAAACAUACAUCUUGACCAUUGUAGUAACCGUAA